UUCACCUCUUCAUCCUCAAAUAUUUUUUUCAAUGUUAGUGGAAGAAUCGAUUCCCUCCACUCCAGCAAGAAACUCCAGAGCUAUAAAACAGAACCUCUUCUCUCUGCUAGAGUGCUGCAGUACCCUCAAAAAGCUCUGCCAAAUCCAUGCCCAAAUAGUCAUUAACGGUUUUACCCAGAAGAAUUAUAUCCUUGUCAAGCUAUUAUCAUUCUAUGUUGCUUCUGGUUAUCUCAAGCAUGCCUUAAGAGUUUUUGAAGGUAUUGAAAAGCCUAGUGCCACUGUUUGGAAUCAGAUGAUCAGAGGGCAUGCUCAGAGUCAAACUCCAAGAAAAUCCAUCGAGUUGUACAAUAGAAUGGUGGCAGCGGAGGCUGAGCCGGAUGGGUUUACAUAUUCGUAUCUUUUAAGUGCUUGCGCGAGAGCGGAGUUGUUGAGAGAAGGGGAGCAGGUGCAUGGGAGGGUUUUGGCAAAUGGGUAUUGCUCAAAUGUGUUUGUCCAGACGAAUUUGGUUAAUUUAUAUGCUAUGAGUGGAGUUAAUGAUAUCAGCCAUUCACGGCGCGUGUUUGAGGAAAUGAGUGAUAGAAGUGUUGUGAGUUGGAAUUCAUUGCUUGCGGGGUAUAUCAGGUGUGGGGACAUUGAUGGGGCGUGGAGAAUAUUUGAUGAUAUGCCUGAUAGGAAUGUUGUAUCUUGGACAACCAUAAUUUCAGGAUGUGCUCAGAAUGGUAGGUAUAAGCAAGCUUUGUCUUUGUUUAGUGAGAUGAGGAGGGCUCAUGUGGAAGUGGAUCAGGUUGCAUUGGUUGCAGUGUUAUCAGCAUGUGCCAAAUUAGGAGAUUUGAAUUUGGGAAAGCAGAUUCAUUGGUACAUUGAAGAGAGAAUCAGUGCUAGGAACCAGACGUUGUCAGUGUCUUUAAACAAUGCACUCAUACACAUGUAUGCUAGCUGUGGUGUGAUUGAUGAAGCUUAUAAAGUGUUCAACAUAAUGCCGUGUAAAAGCAAUGUUUCUUGGACUAGCAUCAUCACGGGUUUAGCAAAGCAGGGAUGUGGAGAAGAAGCUCUUGAUGUCUUUUGCUCCAUGCUAAGAUUGGGAGCAAAUCAAGUAAGACCUGAUGAAGUAACCUUCAUUGGGGUUCUGUGUGCCUGCAGCCAUGCUGGACUUGUUAAUGAAGGCCGCCGUCUCUUUGAGCAUAUGAAUAAAACUUGGGGAAUCAGCCCAAAAAUUGAGCACUAUGGGUGCAUGGUGGAUCUCCUAAGCCGUGCUGGUUUCCUAGAUGAAGCAUAUAGGCUAGUUGAGAGUAUGCCCAUUAGGCCAAAUGAUGCAGUUUGGGGUGCUCUCCUUGGUGGUUGUAGAAUUCACAAGAAUGCUGGCCUUGCUUCCCAUGUUGCACAGAAACUGGCAGUUGGACUAGACCCUGAGCAAGCUGCAGGGUAUCUUGUACUCUUGUCAAAUGUUUAUGCAACCGGUAAAAGGUGGCAAGAUGUUCUUGGUGUGAGACAGAAGAUGGUUGAGAUGGGUGUAAGAAAGCCUUCAGGCCGAAGUUGGGUCCAAAUUAAUGGAGUCGUGCAUGAUUUUGUUGCAGGUGACAGUGACCAUAAGCAUGCACCUUUAAUAUAUGAGAUGCUUGGUCAGAUCACCAGACAAGCACGGCAGAAAGGCUACAAACUAGAUUUAAUUGAGAGAUUUUUGGAUGCUGAGGAAUGAGGAAAAUAAUUCGUUUUGACCUCUUGCACAAUCUACAUUCUACAUUAUCUCUACAUGCUAGAGUUUGGAAGUUUCCUGUAUUCAUAUUUUUGAAGUCUACGGAGUUGCUCUCAAAAUAUUGCUUGAUUUUCGUUUCAGACACUCAAAACCAUUGAGUCAUAGUAAUUGAAGAACCCAUCACUGGGAAAGGGCUUGAUGCUUUUACUGCUGAUCUCUCAUCUUUAGAUUCUUAGUUCUUGAAAGAUGGGUCACAUGAAGAGAGAAGCACAGCUGCCUUUAAUUUUUUGUGUAUG